AUGACAGAUAUAGAAAUAAAAGAAAAUGAAGAAAACAUAACUAUAAUUAAUAUAGGUAUUGAAAUUAUAGUGAAUGAAAGAUCAAAUGCAUUAUUCAACACAUUAAAAUCAAAUAUAGAAUCAUUUAUAAAGCAACGACCAAAUAAAGAGAAUGAAAUAAUUCAAACACUUUAUUCAUUGAACAAUUCAUUGGAAAGAGCAGUUAAAUAUUUCGAUUAUCCUGAUAAAUCAAUUGAUUAUUAUAAAAUUAUUUUAUUAGGAAUAUCUGAUAAAAAUAAUAAUAAUAAUAAUAAUAAUAAUAAUAAUAAUAAUAAUAAUAGUAAUAAUACAUUUCAUAUUAAUUAUCAAAAUAAGGGUAUUAUACCUACGAUACCAAUUAAAUUUCAAAUAAAUUAUCAAACAUUUAUAUAUAAAUUAUCAACAGAACCACCACAAAGUGAAUUAUCUGAUGAUUUAGAAACUUCACCACCCUAUCAACAAUUAGUUUUACCAAAUAAAUCAAUUGAAACACUUUGGGAAAAUUUAAUUUAUGAAGAUGGUUUAAAAUCAAAAUUAUUAUCAUAUAUGUCAACAUUAAUUUUAUUUUCAAAAUUUAGAAUAGAUUCAAAUAUUGUAUCAAAUAAUAAAGUAAUAUUUUUAUAUGGACCACCAGGUACAGGUAAAACAAGUUUAGCCAAAGCAUUAGCGCAAAGAAUAUCGAUUGUAUAUAGGGAUAGAUAUCAAUUUUCACAAUUGAUUGAAAUUAAUACUCAUAGUUUAUUUAGUAAAUGGUUUUCAGAGAGUGGAAAAUUAGUGAUGAAAAUGUUUGAGAAUAUAAAAGAGUUAUUAGAGGACCAAAAUUGUUUUGUAAUGAUAUUAAUUGACGAAGUUGAAAGUUUGGCAGCAGCAAGAAGUUCAGCAAUUAACAAUGGUACAGAACCAAGUGACUCGAUUAGAGUGGUGAAUGCAUUUCUAACACAAUUGGAUCAACUAAAACAAUAUUCAAAUGUUUUAGUUGUUGCAACUUCAAAUAUAACGAAAGCGGUUGACCUCGCCUUCAUUGAUCGUGCCGAUAUUAAACAGUUUAUUGGACCACCACCAAUCGAUGCAAGAAAAAUACAUCUUUCAAACUAUAUUCACUGA